AUGGAAACACUGGGGCACGGCCCAGGCGCCAGAGGCAGGGAUGGCGGGCGGCACGCGAGGGGCCGCGCCGGCGGACAGCAUCCCGAGCCGCGGGCCCCGGAGAGCUCACGCCGCUCGACCGGGCGCGGCGGGCGUACGGGUGAGAAUGAAACCGACGGGCGGCCCGGUGAGGCCGAAGGCGGCCCCGCCCCCGCCCCGCUGGCGGCCGGGGGAGGUGCCCACGCCGCGCCCGCGCCCCCGCACCCGGGUGCCAGGCAGCAGCGCAGGAUUUUGAAUUUGACUGAAUGCCACCAGGGUCUCCAAGUCAGGAGCAUGAGCUUCACAGGGUCAGAGACCUCACCCAUGGUAUCCCCACAUCCAGUUCAUGGCCGGCCACAUGAUAGACACUCAGUAAAUGGUUGUCCAAGGGAUGGAUGCAUAGAUUGAUGCGUAUAUACAUGAUGUGGCGCAGUGGUUGAGAAUCUGCCUGCCAAUGCGGGGAACACUGGUUCGAUCCCUGCUCCAGGAAGAUUCCACAUGCCAUGGAGCAACUAAGCCCGUGCGCCACAACUAUGGAGCCUGCGCUUUAGAACCCGUGAGCCACAACUGUUGAGCCCAUGUGCUGCAGCUACUGAAGACCAUGCACCUAGAGCCCGUGCUCCGCAACAAGAGAAGCCAUGGCAAUGAGAAGCCCACGCACCACAACAAAGAGUAGCCCCCACUCACCACAACUAGAAAGAAAGCCCAUGCACAGCAAAAAAGACCCAACACAGCCAAUAAAA